AUGGGAACCUUGGAAGUAGGGCUAAUAGAUUUAGGAGUUUGGGAACCAGUAGGAAGAGAGAUGCCCUCUCAGGCUCUCGGUUUGAGUGAAGUGCGUUGGUGCACCACCUCAGAGUCGGAGCAGGAGAAAUGCGAAGACAUGAGCAGGGCCUUCAAGGAAGCCGCCAUCCACCCGCUCCUCACCUGCGUCCAGGAGGCCUCCGCCGAUGACUGCGUCCGCCUCAUCGCCGCCAACAAGGCGGACGCCAUCACCCUGGAUGGGGGAGCCAUUUACGAGGCCGGGAAGGAGUACGAUCUGAAGCCUGUGGUGGGGGAAGUGUACGACCAAGAGGUUGGCACCUCUUAUUACGCCGUGGCCGUGGUCAGGAGGAACUCCUCGCUGGAUAUCAACAGCCUGAGAGGAACCAAGUCCUGCCACACGGGCAUCAACCGGACGGUGGGCUGGAAUGUCCCCGUCGGCUACCUGGUGGAGAGCGGCCGCCUGUCCGUGAUGGGCUGUGACAUCCCCAGAGCCGUCAGUGAGUAUUUCGGCAGCAGUUGCGUCCCCGGAGCCGGAGAAACCAAUUAUUCCCAGUCCCUCUGCCAGCUGUGCAUCGGGGAUGCGGCCGGAGAAGGCAAAUGCUACAAGAGUGACCUGGAGCGAUACUAUGACUACAGCGGAGCUUUCCGGUGCGUAGCUGAUGGAGCAGGAGAUGUGGCGUUUGUGAAGCACAGCACGGUGCUGGAGAAUACGGAUGGGAAGACCUUGGCCACCUGGAGGGAACCGCUGCUCUCCCGGGAUUUCCAGCUGCUCUGUCGGGACGGCAGCCGGGCCGACGUCACCGAGUGGCAGCGUUGCCACCUGGCCCGGGUCCCCGCUCACGCCGUGGUGGUCAGAGCCGACGUCGACGGGAGCCUCGUCUUCCGCAUGCUGAACGAGGGCCAGCUGAGGUUCAACCGGAAGGACGCCAGCUUCCAGAUGUUUGAGUCGGGAGCCUACCUGCAGAAGAAUCUGCUGUUCAAGGACUCCACCACGGAACUGGUGCCCAUCGCCACCCAGACCUACCAGGCCUGGCUGGGGAACGAGUACCUCCACGCCAUGAGGGGACUGGCCUGCGACCCCAACAGGCUGCCCAAACACCUGCGCUGGUGCGUGCUCUCCACCCCGGAGAUACAGAAGUGCGGGGACAUGGCCGUCGCCUUCAACAAACAGAAGCUGAAGCCGCCGAUCCAGUGUGUCUCGGCCCAGUCCUCCGAACACUGUAUGGAGCUGAUCCAGGAAAAGGAAAUCGAUGCUGUAACUCUGGAUGGAGGAGACAUUUACGAGGCCGGGAAAACAUACGGGCUUGUGCCAGCGGCUGGGGAAAGCUACUCCGAGAGCGACAGGAGCAACUCGUACUACGCAGUGGCGGUGGUGAAGAAGGACAGCGCCAAUGCCUUCACCAUCAACGACCUCCAAGGAAAGAAGUCCUGCCACUCCGGCUACGGCCGGCUUUCCGGCUGGGACAUCCCCGUCGGGGUCCUGAUUAAGAGGGGUUUCAUCCGCCCCAAGGACUGUGACAUUCCCAAAGCCGUGAGCGAGUUUUUCUCGGCCAGCUGCGUGCCCGUGAACAACGCCGAGGACUACCCUUCCCGCCUCUGUGAGCUCUGCAUCGGGGAUGAAAAUGGCCAGAACAAGUGCGUCGGAAGCAGCCAGGAACGCUAUUUCGGCUACAACGGGGCGUUCAGGUGCCUGGCUGAGGGCGCGGGAGAGGUGGCCUUUGUCAAGCACUCGACGGUCUUUGACAACACAGACGGCCACAACGGGGAAGCUUGGGCAAUCAAUCUGAAGUCGGAAGACUACCAGCUGCUGUGCCCCAACGGUGCCCGGGCAGAGGUGACUCAGUAUGCCGCCUGCAAUCUGGCCCAGGUGCCCGCCCAAGCCGUCAUGGUCCACCCCGACACCAACAUCUUUGCAGUGUAUGGACUAUUAGACAAAGCUCAGGACUUAUUCGGAAAUGACGACAACAAGAACGGCUUCAAGAUGUUUGACUCCUCGGAUUACCACGACCGAGACCUGCUCUUCAAAGACUCCACCGUCCAGACAGUGCCCGUGCGGGAGAAAACCACGUACUUGGAGUGGCUGGGCCCCGAGUACGUGGAGUCUCUGGAGGGAUUGCGCUCGCUGCGGUGCUCGGGCGCGGCCGUAGCCUCCAUGAACGCCUUCCUGCUGCUGUCUCUCGCGGCCCUCCUGAUUGUGUGAAAGCAGCCUCUCGGCCAUCAGAAACUCAAAGUAAAGCUACUCUCCUCAAUCAACCCAGGAAACAGACCGAUCCAAGACCGCCUCGUAGGGAGCGGUCUCUUCCCUAGACCCCGCGGGCCUCAACUCCCGUCGAUAGAGAAUCGCUAGUGAUUAUUUUCUUGAAUUGGGAUGAAAAUUUAUAUUUUAAAAAAAAAAGAACGUACAUAAAACUUUAGUUGGAAUCCAAAAGGCUCCUUUGCUGAUGGAAAGAGAAUCGCUAGUGAUUAUUUUCUUGAAUUGGGAUGAAAAUUUGCAUUUUAAAAAAAAAGUACAUAAAAGUUUAGUUGGAAUCCAAAAGGCUCCUUUGCUGAUGGAAGAAGACAAGACGUGUUGUACCGUUGGAGCCGGGAUCCUGGAGAGCAGGUGGGAGUGGAGGAAUCCAGGAGCUCUGUGCACCCGCCGGCCUUCCAUUCUACACCAAGAUGCUUCCUGGGCGAAGGAGCCCGUGGCGUCCCUGACCGCUGGAGGAGCAGAAGCUUUGUGGCACCCUCUUUCCUCCCUUUCAGAGUAGCUUUCAUCCAGAACCCUUUCCAUCCCCAUCUCUCCCCCUCCGAGGCUUCCACAUCCACCUGCCCUCAACGUAUCAAACCCGAGAGGCUCUUCUUCCCGGAUGGGAUUCUGUGCCCUGUAGAGCUUCGUGGCCGCUAGAACUCGCAAAGGACGUGAAGCAGCAUCUCCUAGGGGACCGUUCCACCGAGCUCUCCUCUGUCCACGUCCAAGCCGACUAGCUUGGGAGAUGCCGGCCCCUCCUCCACGCCAUUUCCGACACUUUUCCCGCCCCUCAGAAGACUUCUCCGGCUCCUAUUGAGUUUUUCCCCCAGAAGAUUACAGCCCGGCAGCCCUUCCUCACUCCCUCACUCUCUGACCGAGAAGUCGGGGACAGGUGGCUGAAUACUGGACGUGAGAUGUUUGGGGGAUUUCAAUUCCCCUCUUCACUUCUUCACAUGCUUCAUGCAAUUGUGGUUCAAAGUCUGAGGCAGAUGGUAGUAACGGGGACAUGUUCCUCCAACAAAAUCAAAACCGCUAGGAGGAUGGAGGGUGGAGAUCUCCUGAAAAUUCUCCAAGAAGGCACUGGAUCAGGCGGUCCCGGGUUCCGCGACACCAUCCCAAGGCCUGUCUACCCAACAGAUACUCGGUUUGGAGAGCGUUGUUUCGGCCAUUCAUUCAAUCGUAUUUAUUGAGCGCUUACUGUGUGCAGAGCACUGUACUAAGCGCUUGGGAAGUCCAAGUU